AUCUGAAAUGAUUACUCCGGAAAAAAACUCUUUUAUACCAGGAGAGCAUCCACGGGGCUAGGCAGAGGCGAGAGGCGGCCGCGGGGCAGCGGGGAGCCGAGCAGCCAGCCGCCGGCGGAGCCGGGACCCCCUCCCGCAGUUCUCUGCGACGAUGCCGGACGAAGCCACGGAAAACGCCGGCUCCACCUCCGCCCGCGUCUCGUCCUUCUUCAUCGAGGACCUGCUGGGCACCGAGGGCACGGCGGGCGGCGGGGCGCGGCGGGCGGCGGGCGGCGGGCGCGGCGUUCCGCGCUGCGGGCCGCGCUCCCCGCUGCGCCUCGGCGCGCCGGGCUGCCCGCUCCGCGACGCCGCCGUGGGCUGGUACCGCCGGGCGCACGCCGCCUUCCUGGGCUGCGCCAGCCCCGACACCAGCGACCGGGACUCGCCCGAGCUGCCCGAGGAGCCGGCGGAGCGGGCGGGCGGCGGGCGGGCGGCGGCGAGGGGCCCGGCGGGCGGGCGGCCGGGCCCGGGCGGCCGCGACGAGGAGGAGGAGCGCGGCGAGGAGCCGGGCGAGCCCGAGCAGCGCGCCGCCGGCCGCAAGAAGAAGACGCGCACCGUGUUCAGCCGCAGCCAGGUGUUCCAGCUGGAGUCCACCUUCGACGUGAAGCGCUACCUGAGCAGCUCCGAGCGGGCCGGGCUGGCCGCCUCGCUGCACCUCACCGAGACCCAGGUGAAGAUCUGGUUCCAGAACCGCCGCAACAAGUGGAAGCGGCAGCUGGCCGCAGACCUGGAAGCGGCCAACCUCUCCCAUGCCGCCCAAAGGAUAGUGCGGGUCCCUAUUUUGUACCACGAGAACUCGCCGGCGAGCGCCUUGGGCUUCACCCUGCCGCACAUGUCACCGCCCUUGGUGGGCUUCUCCAGCGGCGUCAGCUACCCCCUGGGCACCUUCCCCGCCGCCUCCCUGCCUUUCCUACGGUCGCAGAUGACAGGACUCGUCUGAGCGCCCACCUCGGCCGGGACCGCGGCCCCUUCGCCCCCUCCCUCGGCUUGCAGCUCCACCCCCCUUCCUCCACGG